AAAAGAGUUCCGCGGACGUGUUAAAGGGAAGGGGUGGUCGUGUCUCGUCUUAUUUUCCCAUCUAUGGCUUCAUUUUAACGUCAGAUAGGUCGAAAAAGUAGGGAGAUGGUGGUCACAGAUUCGUUAUACAGUCUCUAUCUCCGUGCCCAGGAGAAGUACAAUGAGGGCUGUAAUGAUUUUGAAGAGCACUUUACAUGGCUUGAGGAGGUUGUGUCGGCAGCGUGCGAAACGUUUGCCACAACUGAUCCCUCUCUCUUGCCAAAAACUCCGGGGGUAAGAAAGACCAAGAAAAGGGCACCUCAGUUAACAGAUAUUUCAGAAUCUCCGCCAUCAAAAAGGGUAUCUACUGAAGAUGCCAAUAGUAAGGAUAAUACCACAACUCCGGCAGAAGCUCCUGUUAGAAAGGGAAGGGCAGCUGCAAGGGUGGCACAGUCAAAGAACAGGCAGUUUAUACAGCAGUCCAUCAAGUACAAACUAAGACGUCCUUCAACGCCAGAGGACCCCGGAAAGAAUAAGGCCACGCCCUCUUCAAAUGAGCGUGUAUAUUUAGUGGGAAACAAGAUUAGAUCUCAAACAUGUGAAACACUGGAGGUCCCAUCUUCCCCAGUCAGGGCUGAACAGAAGAGCCAGGCCAAGGUGGAAGUUACACCUGUUACUGAAUUCAAAGCAAAUAUUGCCAAAAGUGACACACCACCAUCUGAUAGCCCGAAAGAGACCCUUAAGCAUAGCAGUCCCAGUAGAAGUAGUUCCGAUGUCAGAUUAAAAGGGGAGGAGGAAGGCAAGGCUGAAAUGAACUUACAGCUGAAUCUCUCAGACAAUGAAAGUGAAGCAGAGCAGGAUUUGAAUGCCCCAGAGUGCACACAUUAUGACCUCAGGCUUGAGGAUAGUGAGGAAAAUAAGAGCGAAGAGGAUAAUAGACUGGAUGACAAAGAUGUUGAUAAGCAUGAGGCUGUGUUUGAGAGCAUGGAAGUUGACAUUAGAGAUGAUAAACCAUCUGUUCAGGAUGUCCCUGAUUGUAUGGCAUCCAGUGUUGUAACCACAAAAAGUGAAAACACAGCUGAAGAAGAUUCAACUACUAUGUCCAAGGAUCCUGCAGAGCCAGCUCCUGCUCCCAAGGCUCGCUCAACUCGCACAAAGCAGAAGGCAUUGCAGUUGCCAUCAACAUCUGAAGAAAGUGAUGGAAGCCUCACAACAUCCAAUGCUAAUGUUCCUCAAUACCCUGUACCAAAACCGCGUUCCACCCGCACCAAGCAGAAGAAGGAGUCCCAGUUAGGUAGCAGUUCCGAUGAUGCCAAUGUCCAAAUGCUGCCACCAAAGGAGAUGCCUAAGCAGAGAACAACACGCACCAAAACUAGAGCUAGAGAGCCCAUGACAUCAGAGAGCGACAAGGAAACUUUAGAAAACCAUUCAUCCAAUGAGGAGGAGGUGCCUGUUCCCAGUCCAGUUGGCAAGAAUAAGGAAGAGUUGGCCAAACACUUCACUCAGACUAAGCCAAAAGAGACCGAAGAUGAAAAGGAGGAGAAAGAAUUAGUAGAUUCUCCAAAGCCGAGGUCUACCAGGACAAAGAAGCGCCAGGCGAACGAGUCCCCAAUUAAACAACAGAGCAGAACUACAAGGACAAAGCGCAGGAAGGUUGAGGAGAGCGAGAAUGAAGUCCCAGCACCUGAGAAUAAAAGUCUGGUACUCACACUGUCAGACUCUGAAGAGGAGGAGGUUCAGAAUGCUACUUUUGUUAAGGGAGACCAGGCUCCAAAGACCUCGAAACGUGAUCAUUCAGUGGAGUCUGUUUCUUCGGAGGCUUCCGUGAAAUCUUCUGCCUCAACUGCUUCCUUUGCUUCAGCAAAGUCAACUAACUCUGUUGUAAAUGAGAAGCCAAAUGCUCGUGCUCUUGGAGGGCAAGGCCAGAGGGUGACUCGCUCCAAGGUGAGGCAGCUGCCCAACUUAUGUUCAAGCCCCAAAAAUGCAACCAUCAAGAAAGGAAUGUCUCCUGCCAAGAGCAAUCCUGCUGGAACUCCAGGGAAGGGGAACUUCACCAGAGGGUGCUGUACUCCAAAGUCUGAAAGUGGAACACCAAAGGGUAUGCGACUACAGCAGGUUGAGCCUCAUGCCAGAAGUCCUGUGAAAUACUCCCCUCGACCUUUUGCCAGCAAAAAAACAGCAGCAUCGGUGCGAGACAUGGCAACUGCUUACCAGAAUUAUGUUGGCGAAGCCCUUAAUGAAAUUGAGGAGGUUGUAGCCUCACCAGUGCGAGUGACUCGUCACUCUCAUGGAAAUGGCAGGCAAGAGAGUGCUACCAAAAGUGCUGCUCGUAAGAGCCUCAAGCGUGCCAAAGAAAUAGCGAGGGCGGCUGAUCUCAGAAAGAGAGAAUUCCAGGAGGAAGACGAGACACCAGACUCCAGAGGGCCUAGAAUAAACCCCGCCCGGACACCAUCACCACACUGUCCUCGUGAGAAGGUUAUCCGACCCAAAACAGGAAGUAUACAUAGUGGCAGCUCGAAUUAUGGAAGCUCGGGCAGAGUUACCCCCAAAACAUUCUCUAGAAUUAGGCCUGUGCUCGCUUCAUCAAAUGAAUAUGCAAAGAUUCAGAAGAAGGUCUGGACCCCGACUGAGGGCAACCGCACGAGGGCCAUCAUGACCUCAGGCACGCCAAAUGAGGCCAACCGCACAAGGGCCAUCAUGACCUCGGGCACGCCAAAUGAGGCCAAGCGCAUCAAGAACAUCGGCACCAUGUCGACCUUCAUCAAAGUGGCGCCCUCCAAGCCGUCCCGCGAGGAGAUGGAAGAGAAGAAGCAGAUGGAGCUUUUGAAGAAGAGAGAGAGGGAGGAGGAGUCCAGGAGGAAGAAGGAGGAGCUUUUGAAAUCUAAGGCUGAGGACCAGAAGAGGCGCAAUGAAGAGAGAAUGCGCCGUGUACAGGAAGCUAGGGAGGAGAAGGAGAGAAAGGCUGUUGAAGCCAAGGAGCAGCAGGAACGCGAUAGGAAGCUGCGAGAAGAGAGGUUGAGGGAGGAGCAGCAGCGCAAGAAGCAGCAGCUCCUAGCCAAGAGACGUGCUGAAGAGGAGGCCAGGAACCGCAAGAUAAGAGAGCAGCAGGAGGAGGAGGAGAGAAGGCGGCAGCAAGAGGAAGAAAGGAGAAUAGAAGAGGAGAGGAAAUUGGAGGAGGCAAGGAAAGCUGAAGAAGAGAGACGUGCUUAUCUUGUUGAGCAGAAACGUGUGCAAGAUGAAGAGAAGAAGAGACGAAUUGCUGAAGCAGAACGUAUUCUUAGGGAACGCAAGGAGUUGGAGAAUCUCAGGUUGCGUGAAGCAGAGAGAAUUGCUCAAUUGAAGAUGGCUGCUGUUAAGAAGGCUGGACUGAAUGACACAUACAAUGCCAAUGACAACAAAGAAAACAGCAGCAACCUCAACAGCACUUUUACGAAGACUAGUGGGCAAACCCCGGCAAGCAGUCAAGGGAACUCUGGGCGUUCAAAUAGCUAUGAAAUGACUCCUGAGAUGAAGAAACCAAAGAAGCUUGCUAAUGCCAACAACUAUGACAUUGGUGACAUUAAGAGUGAUGACUCUACGGAUGAUGAGUCGGCUCCUAAGAAGAGAAUUCCAGCAUGGGCUCAAGGGUCUCAGCUGAAGCUGUCUCUCAUCAACCAGGAGUACAACCCACCAGCCAUGGAUGGUAUAUUCCCCCCAGAGGAGCUUCUCACCAUGCCUGAUCUCAGCCAAAUCUUUUCCAUCCAGCGCAGGAGAUUCUUCAAGCGCACGUCCUCGGCCAUUUGGAAUACCCCACCUUCAAAGCUGUUUGAAUCAUAUUGAUUUAAUUUAAUAUUUUUAUUGAUUAGAUGUAGGGUUUUCAUCAUAGUCUACUUUUCAUUUUCUCUGUCUGUGAAUGCUUGUUGUGAAUGUGAAUGAAGGCUUAGAUAUCCCAAUUUUAUUUUUAUUUACAUCUGAUUAAAUGGUGUAUAGCAUGUAUGAAUAUGAUUCUUGACAAGUCUUUGUAUGUAUUUUCUUUAGAGGAAAUAAUUGGACUCACUUUUUUUUACUCAUUUUAUGAUAUUUGAAAUUCAUAUUACCAAUUGCCAGUCGGUAAUUUUCAUUCACAUUAAAGACUUUUUUUUUUCCCAAAUACCUCUGUGUCCUCUCUUCUCCUGACCUUUCACAUGUUUCAUACUUUUAAGCAAAGGGGAAAGUUUACCCAUUGUUGUGUUAUGUAAGGAAGAUAAGAGGGCAAGACAACAUCACUUCAAGACCUAUCAUUACCUGUAAAUAUGUAUUUCCUAUAGGGACUUGAUCACAGUACGACUGUCGUCUUUAGUCUGUGCUGUGACCAUGAUCUGAAUGAGAAUAAGAAACUUUAGAAAAGAGGGAUGAAUGAGACAAUAUUGUUGAUCUUCUCUGUGCUGUAUUGGAAUAAGUUACAUACUCUUUAUCUUUCUCUUCUUCCUCUCCCUUUUCCUUCUUCGUCUCCUCCUUUUCCCUUAUUCUCUCCCUCUCCCUUUUCAUCAUCUUCCUCUUAGUAUUUAUCAUGGCAAAAAUUAUCAUCAUCACCUUUUCAUCAUUUAGAGACAUGACUAUGACAUGUCUGUUUUUUCACUUAAUGGGUAGUUUUACAAAAAAUAGGUGUUCUAUUUAGAGCUUUACCAUUAUUAUUAUUUUUACUUUGAUUUAUUAAAGUGAAUUUUGAAGUUAUCCAGUCUCAGCAAAAGGAAUUUUUGUAUUCUAAUAAAUAGUAUCACCUUCACAUGAAAGUGUGUAGUUGCCUGUGUAAAUAAAAGAUAAAUAGGUGUUA